CGAGAACAAAACACCAACAUGACCAUCUCAAUUGCAUCCGUAUCCCUCGAGCACCACCGCGAGACCCUCGGAAUCGGCGACCCCGCCCCUCGCAUAUCUUGGCGUUUCGCAGGCGACACCAAGGAUUGGGUACAGAGUGCCUACGAGAUCGAAGUCUCACGUCCAAACGCACAGGUCUACAAUAUCAUAAAGAAGAGUGAGGAUUCUGUACUUGUGCCAUGGCCAUCUGUGCCGCUCAAAUCACGAGAGAAGGCCAGUGUGCGAGUGCGUGCUUUUGGCGGGGUAGCGUCCCAAGCUACGGAAUGGUCGAGCGCUGUGCAAGUCGAGACUGGGCUGUUGGAAAAAGAGGAUUGGAGUGCGACAUUGGUGGGGGCUGAGAGAACAAUCGCGACAAGAGAGUCGUUGAGGCCGGCGCUCUUUAGGAAGGACUUUGUGAUUGGGAAGCCGGUCAAGAGCGCUAGGCUUUAUGUUACGAGUUAUGGGAUAUAUGAGGCGUUUAUCAACGGGAAGAGAGUGGGUGACCACGUCUUUGCGCCAGGGUGGACGUGCUACAGACAUCGCCUCUACUACCAGACGUUUGAUGUUAAAGACUUGCUGAAGAAGGGGGAUAAUGCUGUUGGUGUUGAAGUUGCUGAGGGAUGGUAUUGCGGACGCAUAGGUUUCUCGCGGAGGACAAGGAAUAUAUAUGGGGACCAAUUGGCCGUGUUGGCUCAGCUUGAAGUUACAUAUGAGGAUGGAGAGAGCGUCACCGUAGGCUCAGAUGGAAGUUGGAAGACCUCUGUUGGACCGCGACUUUCCUCGCAAUAUUACGAUGGAGAGGAAUACGAUGCUUCGCAGGAGAUUCCAGGGUGGAAUUCAAGCUCAUUCAGCGAUAAUAAGUGGAAAGCUGUUGAGGAGCUGGACCUCCCUUCAGCAAACUUGCUAUCUCCCGAAGGACCUCCUAUCAGGAUCAUCGAGACUCUCAAGCCACAAAAGAUCUGGAGAAGCCCUUCAAAUAAAGUCAUCGUAGAUUUUGGACAGAACUCUGUUGGGGGAGUACGAUUGAGAGUUGCUGGCACCAAAGGCCACAAAAUCACCUUGACGCACACCGAAGUACUAGAGAAUGAUGAAGUUGCAACACGGCCUCUACGAUCCGCUAAAGCAACUGACACUAUAAUUCUCUCCGAUACACCCCUCGAAUGGGAACCUAAAUAUACGUUUCACGGAUACCGUUAUGUCCAAGUGGAGAACUGGCCGCUAAAUCAUGGCUUGCCUAAACUGGGUGAUCUCGAAGCGGUCGUUAUACACUCAGACAUGGAACCAACUGGCUGGUUUGAAAGCUCGGAGCCCAUGGUCAACCAAUUACACAGCAACAUUCGAUGGGGUAUGAGAAGCAACUUUGUAGGCAUUCCCACAGAUUGUCCCCAACGUGACGAACGUCUUGGAUGGACCGGAGACAUUCAAGUAUUCACUCCCACGGCCAACUUUCUCUACGAUACUGCUGGUUUCCUUUCUAGUUGGCUCAAAGACGUAGCUGUCGAGCAAUUUGACCAUAACAACAUCGUGCCUCAAGUUAUACCGAAUGUCCUUGACGAUUGGGAUGCUCAGGCAGUAUGGGGCGAUGUUUCAGUCAUUACACCCUUAGAACUCUAUAAGAGCUUUGGAGACAAGCAUUUCCUCAUCGAUCAAUUUCCCAGCAUGAAAGCAUGGGUAGAUGCGAUUCCACGAGGCGAGAAUAUGCUCUGGGAUCCAAAUGCCGGUCAAUUAGGCGACUGGCUCGACCCUGAUGCCCCACCAGAUAACCCAGGUGGUGGGAAGACUGAUCCGCAUCUUGUAGCCAAUGCAUACUUGGUAUAUGUCACAGAGUUGCUAUCCUAUAUAUCCAGCCUCCUCGAAAAGCCCACGGAAGUACAACACUACACCCAACAAGCCGCCGCCGUGCGAGCCGAAUUUCAAAAACACUACAUAACGCCGUCGGGUCGCCUGGCCCCGGACACACAAACAUCCCUUUCCCUCGCCCUCUCCUUCUCGCUCUUCUCCUCCCCCUCCCACAAAGCAGAAGCAGCAUCCCGCCUCGCCAAGCUCGCGCGCUCAAACCGUUUCCGUAUCGCGACCGGCUUCGCAGGAACACCUCUCAUCCUGCCAUCCCUGACGAAUGAAGGGUAUACUCAGGUAGCGUACCGUAUGCUUCUGGAGAAGAAAUGCCCAAGUUGGUUGUAUACGGUCAGUAUGGGCGGCACAACCAUGUGGGAGCGCUGGGAUAGUAUGUUACCCGAUGGCCGGAUCAACCCGGGGUCAAUGACAUCCUUUAACCACUACGCGCUCGGCGCUGUUGGGGCGUGGCUUCAUGCUUAUGUGGGCGGUAUCUCGUCUGCGAACGCAUGGAAAGAUAUUGUUUUUGCGCCUGUGCCGGGUGGCACGCUGACGAGUGCUAAGGUUGGGCACUUGAGUCCGUAUGGGGCGGUAAGCUGUGAGUGGAAGAUUGAGGAAGGCCGGUUUUCGAUGAAGGUGCAGGUGCCGCCGAAUUCGAGGGGGUUGGUGAGAUUCCCUGGGAAAGAGAGGGAGGAGACUAAGAUCGGCAGUGGGAAGUGGGAGUUUGAGGGUCCGUGGGAGGCCGAGGAGUGGCCGCCGAAGAAGAUUAUAAGUCCGUAUGCUAUGUAUAGUGACGAUGAUGAAUGA